AUGGAAUUUCUGGACGCGCUCCUUACCAGACCGGCCACCGACGCCGAGUUUGAAUCGCUGUGGUCCCAAGCGAUGGCCACCGCGACGGACCAGGCGCAUCUGUUCACCGCAACAACCCCUACCGUCGACCAGCCGAGGGAACCUACAAGGGUUACUCAAACGACCCGGUCACCGCACCAGACGCCACCAGUCACACCGAUGACCGUGGACCGUCUUAGAAGCCUGAUGACGGCACCAUCCCGAAAGCGACGGAGGACACCGACAAUCCGCGCUCCAGACCCAGCGCUCGUUCAAGGGAAGGCUAGCCAUCAGGCUGCAGACGGGCACACCGCACCAACACGCAAGCCCACGCGCCCAAGGCCGCCAGUAACUGGGAAGCGUCCUCCCCCGGCAGUAGGCUGCGUCCUACAGCGUUCCUCAGAGGUAACGGCCCGCGAGGAGCAAGGUCGAGGGGCUGCGCCACCGACGCCGCCACCACCACCAAAGCGACAGCCGAAGGUCACCCAGGCCAAGGACAAGUUACGAGAAGUAUUCGGGGAUAGCCUGUCGGACUUAGACGAAGGCGAAACCCCCGCUACCGCACCGCCGAUUGCCGCCGCAGGCAGACUCAAAACGACCUCCAGGGAGACGACACCGAGCGCGCGGGACACGCGCAACAAGAAGACCGUCACCGCGGGCACCGUCAUCCGGCCACCCUCGCCGUGCACCCCACCAACGACUAUGCCGGGAUCACGCGAGCUUGCGGCAACACCGUCACCGGAAGCCAGGGCCACCGAGACCGAUGACCACCCGCCGAUGCCUGUCCGAGUACGAGAUGACCUGGUCAUCCACGUACCCCAUUACGCCGCUACUAUCUCUCGCAAGUAUAAAGUGCGCCUUGCUAACCGCCGUUUCACACUACGGUUCAAUCGCGGGGGUCAGUGCCACUACGUGCGGGAAUUCCCGGCGUAG